AUGGCUGGCCGCCCCGAGUUGGAUGGAGCAGGGAGCUUUUCCCGUUCCGAGUCCGAGUUCUGGGUAUGUCCGGAGGCAUCGUAUGUGCAUGUGCAGACGACAGAGGUGGCAGCGACAGCUAAACUGCAAGUCCCCGUUCCCAGCACGCAGGCCUGCACAUCGCUAGCUUCAGGUUCCAGGACAUCCGAAGAUUUGCUGGUGGCAAACAGGACAUCCGAAGAUUUGCUGGUUGAUUUAGAGCCGGAGCUCGUUCGAGGGGCCCCUGUCAGCAACAUCCUGAGACGCUUCGGGAAGGAAUGGCAUCAAUCGGCUGGAGUGUGGAGGCCAGAACUCAGCAAGCAGACGCAGCGCUACCGAUAUUUCUUCAGCCAUGACUGGAAAACAUCGGGGUGGAUGAAGUACCUGACCUUGGAAAUCUACUUCAACGGCACGGCGGCGGCAGUAACAACAUGCAUCCUGAGUCUUGGCCUAGGUGUCCUUGGGGGAUGGAGAGCAGAUAGACCUGAUGGCUGGCUUCUGCCCCGGACUGCCUGGUGGGUGGUGACUGGUCAUGUGGGGGGAAUGCUGGUCCUCUUCUUCUGGCAACACCUGCGCGAGUUGUUGUUGCAGCCACGGCUCGGGUUUCUGGACCGUGUCUGCAUACCUCAAGAUGACCACGAGAAGAAGUAUCAGUGUGUGUAUGGCUUGGCCUCCAUCUUGGACAAGUCCGAAGACCUCAUCGUUCUCUGGUCUCCGAGAUAUUUUGGCAGGCUUUGGUGCAUGUACGAGAUCGCCUGCUUCCUGAUGAAGCGGAAGGAAGCCCAUAAAAUCAAGUUUUUACCUGUGCAAAUCUCGGUCAUUUGGAUCCUGACGUACUUCGCCGUGUCAACCACAUGGCUCACCCUUCUGCUGGUUCAGCGCUUUGGCUCUGAAUUCUUCAGCUGGCAUGACGAUCAAGGGCUGAUGAAUGUGGCCUUGACCGUAGCACUGCAAGUUUGCGUUCUUUAUCCACCGCUGUUCUACUUCAUGAACCAGAUGAUGUAUGACAUUGCCCAGUUGCCGGGGCAGUUACGGGAUUUCAACAUCCACACCGCCCAGUGCUUUUGCUGCUCCAACGGCCAUGAGCAUCCUGUAACCAGAGAACCCUUGCAGUGCGACCGCGAACUUAUCUAUGGGGUGCUGCAGAUGUGGUCCUCACGUGGUUUAGAUGCCACGGACGCGGAACACAUCCAGGCCGUCGUCAAACAACACUUCGACCGACAUCUGGCAGCCUCGGUGGAGGAAGCCUUCACGCACACCGGCAUGCUCAUGCGGCCGCUGAUCUCCGCCGCUGCGAUCGGCUCCCUUCCGUUUAUGUCCGACUUCGUUGCCUAUGAGGCCGUCAAAAUGGUCCAUUAUGGUUGGCUCAGCGCAUUCACGAAUUUGGGCUUGGGCCUCUACAUGCUGUUCUAUAUGCCUCUCUUCAUCCGCUUUCUUCUGCUUGCGGCAAGAGUAGGCAGUUUGUGGUGGACUGGGCCGUGCUGCAAGUGCAUCGUCAUCGCAUGCCAGGCACUGGCCUUGUUCCUUCUCAGCGUGGUGGUCAUCGUGGGCUAUUCUGUUUGCAACGCAGUCGUUCCCAGGGACGCGUGGACGUCUCCAAUGCAUCCCAUGCCCAUGUACUUGCUCGGAAUGAUGGUGCUCGGCAGCGUGAUCCUCGGGUUCCGUCAUCUAUGUCCCUGCCGAAAAUCCGUGAUCAUUGGUGGCAUGCCCUGCGAAGACCGGCAGUGGCCAAAGAAAUCUGAGGCCGCAUCUGCGCACACCCACGCCGAAGAGCCACGGGUGCUUGCUGAGCCAGAUAUCGUGUGGGGAGAGUCCUGCUUCGGAAUUUGA